AUGCCUGCCUCUUCAGCCGUAGAACCGGUCAGCUCUGCGGGCGUCAUUGAGGCUACAGUGCCGCCUUCAGAACGCAGCUCGGUGUCGGAACUCGACUGGAUCGACAAGGAGAAGGAAGCGCUACCUGAACCCGCCCACGGCUUUCCCGCGCACACCUUCGUCCAGAUUGGAGACACCGACACAGGAGUCGCCCUUCAAGUCUCUCUCGGCCCCGAAGCUCUUGAUCCGAAGUUCUCCCUCUCUGGCUUGCUCCAAAGAUACGCAAUUGAAGGAACCGAUGUCUUGCAGAAAGACGCGAUCGAAAACAAGAGGUUCCAGUCACCAUUCACAUGGCCGAUGCGCAAGAAGAUGGUCGUCCUGUCCGGUACAUUUCUCGCGUCUCUGCUCUCCGCCUACUCUGCUGGAGCAUAUGCGCUGGCCGCUGAACCUCUUCGACAGCGAUGGCACGUCACCGAUACAGAAUACAAUAUUGGGAUCACUCUCUUUGUCGCUGGCUUCGGCUUUUCGCCCAUGAUUCUAGCGCCGGUCAGCGAGGCACACGGGCGUUACUGGGUCUUUGUCGGCUCGGGUUUGGUCUUCUUCUUUGGCACUCUAGGCUGCGCUGUCACGAGCAGCUAUCCCGGGAUGCUGGUCUCUCGUCUAGUGACUGGCUGCGGAGCGGCCGUCUACGCGGCUCUCACUGGCGGAGUCGUGAGCGACUUGUACCACAAGGAGCACCGCAACACGCCUAUGACGCUGUACUCGUUGUCCAUUAUGUUCGGAACUGGGAUGGGCCCUCUGGUCAGUGGAGCUGUUGUUGACAGCUUGGGAUGGCACUGGAUAUUCUACCUCCAGCUUAUCGCCAUCGGUGUGACUACUACAAUCAUAUUCUUUUUCUUUGAGGAAACUCGCAGCAACGUCAUCCUGACUAGGAAAUGCCAGUGGUUGAACGGCAAGAAACUCAGAAGGGCGGAAUCUAGGCAGCGGGUCUUGUUUGCCGUCGGCUCAGGGCAGGCCUUGAAAGUCGACAUCAGCAUCCUUUGGACCAGCUUUGCGUUUCCUCUACGGCUACUCGCUACCGAGUCCGUCGUCUUCUGGUUCUCAUUAUGGUUGUCAUUUGCAUGGUGUAUACUGUACAUGCAGUUCAGUAGCAUCGGCUUUGUGUUUAGGCGGACGUACGACUUCUCGAGUACAGAGGUGGGAGCGGUCUAUACUUCAGUCAUUGUGGGAGCUAUUCUCGGCUCUAUCCUCGCUGUGGCUCAGGCACCCAUUACUCGCCUACUGCUACCGCGUAGCACAAUGACAAACACGCCGGAGCAACGUCUGCUUUCUCCCUGUGUCCAAUCCAUCUUCCUGCCUAUCGGCCUAUUUUGGUUUGGAUGGACUUCGAGGCAGGAGAUUAGUUGGAUUUCACCAGCAAUAGCCAUUGGAUCCUGCACCUUGGGCAUCUUUAGCAUCUAUCUCGCUGUCUUCGACUACCUCGCCGACACAUAUCACCGAUACGCCUCAUCCGCGAUCGCCGCCUCUAGCAUGUGUCGUAACAUAUUAGCUGGAAUCUUCCCGCUGAUCACGAGCAAGAUGCUUACCAACCUGACAUUGGGUGGUGCGGGAAGUUUGUUAGGAGGGCUCGGGGUGUUACUGACAAUCAUCCCAUGGCUGCUUUUUUUCUUUGGUCGAAAGAUCCGAGCCCGGAGCCCCUUUGCCAGAGAGCUGCAAGAUUCCUAG